AUGACAUUCGCAUGUGCUCCGUCGAUGAGGAAUAAUUGGACAGAUGGCAAGUCUCUCAAGAGAUUGCUUAGCUCGGUGUUCAUUAAAGGUGCUCGAUCAAAGCAGAUAUCUGAUUCCACAGCCCAGCCUUUGCCAACAAUCAAUGCGGUUUUUGUUCCUGGACCAACUCAGACAGCAACAGCAUCAACUUCGGCACAUCAGGACUCGAGCAGAGGAGAGAUCUCUUCAAUCUCUACAUUCGGAAGCGGAUUUUGGAAAAGAAUAAGAGCAAGUAGAAUAAGUCCCAAUGCGGAUAGUCCUCUUCGAAGAGCGCCCCUAUCGCCUUCCAGCGUGGUGUUAACCGAUGCCACAUCGCUUUCAUCUCCGCAUCCACAAAAUCUUCGAAAAUGCCGUACAUGCUCCUAUGAGCCGCCGGCAUCAACUAUUGAUCAGAGAGAACCACCGGAGCGAGCACCUCUAACUGCAAGGUACCCCGUGAUAUUCACCUACAUGGGACGAAAUGGUGUCCCAAAUUCUGCUCUAGCUUUGACAGAUGAUAUUGUGAGAAACUUGAACGAAAUGUUCUACCUCGAGGGACAAUUCAAUGAUCAUACGAGGAUCAUAAGUCGAUUGGACGAUGAAUAUGAGUGUGUUGAGAUGACUUUGAAAGAACUCAAUCAACUACUUUUAUCAUCAGGUACCACAGUUCAAAGUGAUCGAGAUGUGAAAUCGGAAGAAUCAAAAUAUCUUUCCAAUGUUUCCACGCGUAUCCAAGAAAAAAGGCUGGAGUUACAGGAAGCUGCGGAACGCGAACAUGAAGAACUAAGGGAGCAAAGAAAUAUCUUAUUGAACAUGUUCAGGGACGUCUUCAGGAAUCGAAAUCUUCUGGAUAUAAAAGGAAAGAGUUCACGACCAAAUCAGUUCUAUCGCAUGCCGACCACACAACUCGUACCUCUACACAAAACACCUCGAGUUUCCACCCACGGUGAAGAAGCUCGAGAACGAGUCGAAAGGGAACAGCGAGAAGCUGUGGAUCAUAUGAAGGACAUGGGAUAUCGCCUAGAAGCAACGCAUCAGCGGCUCGACAAUUGGAAACAUUACUAUGAAGACGAGUAUGCCGAAUAUGCACGUGCGGUUAAGAAUGGAACAAUGGAGCCUGCGAGGAGUUUCUUCGAUCUGACUCUAUUGCAAGAACACCAGGGGGCAAUUGAGGGAGUCAUCGAGGCGGAGAAUGACUAUGAGAAAGCGAGGGGACGAGUAAGGGUGUUGGAUGUGGUGCUUAGUGACAUUUACCAGUCCAGUGGAUUUGCAAGCUGUCCAGAUGAUGGGUACAGGAUUUCGAUGGAAGAGGCUAUGGUCGGUGAUGUGGAUAGAGAGUGGAUUCUAGAUUGGAUGGAAAGGAACGAUGACUCAGUAGCAUUUCAGGCUGAUGAAGACGAAUGGGAAGCAAAAUCGAUUGGUUUGGACGACAGUGUCAGCGUGGUUGCGAAAGGUAGAGAGAGAAAAAGAAUUGAUGGGUGGGGAAAGAUGUGUAUGGCAAUUGGGAAUGACUUUCCAAAGUUGUCGAAAGUGGUGGUGCAUCAUGAUCCUGCGUCUGAGCCCAGCCAUACGAGUUUUAUUAUCGCAAAUCAAUGUUCCAGGUAG